AUGUCUUUUACCCAUUUGCUCUUUACAUAAAUGUAUGUAUUCCAUCUUCUACUCCAACAACCAUCACCUCCUCCAUCUCUCUGGCCGCAAAGAAACAUUCUUGGGCUACACCCCCCUCCACUCCACAAACUACGACACUCCGUCUUCAACAGGAGUGGAAUUGGGGAUAGCUGAUGUGAAGCUUCUACAGAGAAGCUGCUGGGAAUACAACUCUGGCCGACUUUCUAGCCAAAUCUCCGGAAGCCCUAUCAGGCCUUGUUCCCUCGUUUUCCCGUCUAUUUUCACCUUCAUAUUGCUCGCAGUCACUGGUUUGGCGCCUUCCCAUUGAUUAUGGCUAACUUUUAAUCCAAUCUUACCCGAUGUGACCUUUUUCCCCUCAAAGAAUCCAUCGGCGCUAGAGCUCAAUUUAGUAGUCGUUCGAGAUGCGAGCAGCAGCAGAACAAGCUCAAGAAGAAGAAAAAAAAAAACAAAAUAAGGCUUAGCAGUUUCUGAAUUUCAGGAAUUCGGAUUAUAGCUUUGUUCUGAAAUGGCAAAAUUCAGUUGCUGCGGCUUCGUGAGAAGGGGGAAGAAGCAAGUCAAGGGAGACCAUAAACGUGUUCACGAGGGUCGAAAAGAGCGAAGAACCCUGCAGAUUACACUUGAAAACCAGGUGCAACCUUUUGAGAGUCCACUCGCACCUGAAGCAACCGAGAGGGCAUAUGAUGGAGAAGAUGAACAUGAAGAGAACCUCUCAAUGAAGAGGGACUUCUCUGACUUUAAUCUCCAAGCACAUAUAGCUAAUGAUUCAGGCGAAGUGGAGUCUGACUUGAAAGCUAGAAACUCCGAUUCUUUUGAAUUCAAGGUGAGUGAAAAUUAUGUGAAGGGAGCUGAGUGCAGUGAGAAGGAUGUUGACAGGACGCAAGCUGGACAUCUUAGUGACCCAGGUACCGGGAAGGCUACGUUCUGGGCUUCUCCGAAGCUUAAGCGUUCAUGCUCUAAUCUAGAGACAAGGGAGGUCCUGAGAAAGGUAGCCAGAAGUUUGCCUCCUUCAAAGUCACAGUCAUUUGAUGAACUGCAGGAAUUAUCUACGAGGAUGAGGGACAAUUUUGAUCUGGGCAGUCCUAGGUCGGUGAUGACCCAUUGGAGUGCGGAUCGAGUUAUUUUAAAGAAGCAUUCGUCAAGCCAAGUUUUGCCCUCUAGGAGUAGGAGACUCUGGUGGAAGUUGUUCCUCUGGAGUCACCGAAACCUGCACAAUUCUCAUCCUCCAAAACCACAACCACUUCCUACAGCUGCCUUGAACCAGCAAAGUGGGUACUGUUCAGACACACUUGAGCCAAAUCGAGAGAUGAAAUUGGGCAAGACGGGAUCACCUGGAUCAUUUACAGAAGAAUCCUUGAACAAGGGCUACAAUAACCACUACAAUGACAAGCAGAGCUGGGGAGGUUUCCAUGGUGCAUCUUCUAGUUUAUGGCCCCAGAACCAUUGGGUUGCUUUUUCAGCAGAAUCAUCCUCCUUGACAAGAGUGGAUGAGUGGGUGAGAGAUCUCAGCAUGCAGAACCCACCUCCAGCUGAAAAUGAGGAUGAGAAUGACAGAGGCCUUAAUUUUCCUCCAUCGCCAGAUGCUGGCAAAUCGGUGGCAAGAGACAGAGCCUCUUCUUCCAUUCAGCAUCCUGAUCUAAACAUUUCAGAGGAGAUUGUGCAUGCAAAUAGCAUCAUCCAGUCACUAAAUUCUUCCUCAACUGUGGCUCAUAUUUCAGGCAUAGGCUUAAGAGCAAUGCCUAUCAUGUCAUGUUUCUCCAGCCUCAGAUCUGUCAACUUGUCAAACAACUUUAUAGCAGUCCGGAUUACUCCAGGGUACCUGCCAAAGGGUCUUCACGUACUCAACUUGUCAAGAAACAAGAUCAGCACCAUUGAAGGCCUCAGAGAACUUAACAGGUUGCGAGUACUUGAUCUCAGCUACAACCGUAUUUCUCGAAUUGGGCAAGGGUUGUCGAACUGUACACUGAUCAAGGAACUCUAUCUUGCUGGGAACAAGAUCAGCGAUGUUGAGGGUUUGCAUAGACUCUUGAAGCUAACAGUUCUUGACCUCAGCUUCAACAAGAUAACGACCACAAAAGCUCUAGGCCAGCUUGUUGCCAACUACAAUUCAUUGCUAGCUCUCAAUCUCUUGGGAAAUCCUAUUCAGAGCAACAUCAGUGACGAUCAGCUCCGCAAGGCAGUUUGCAGUCUCCUCUCAAAACUUGUGUACUUAAACAAGCAGCCUAUUAAACCACAAAGAGCUAGGGAGGUGCUAACCGAUAGUGUGGCAAAAGCUGCCCUUGGGAACAGUGCAUUGAGCUCUCGAAGAAAAACAAUUCGGAGAGGGAUCCAAGGUGCAUCAAGCUCCUCUGGCGGGCACAGGAGAAGCCCGAGUGUUGGGCAGAGAACCAGGCACAGGUCAAAGACCCGAACUCACCAUCAGUUCACCCAAAAGACCGUGCCAUCUGCUGCACGGGCUUCUUCAUCACAUUAAGUCGACCAUUCAUCAUCUAUUGCAAUCCAUCUUUGUUCUUCCUAAUUUUGUUUCUGUCAGAAAGUGUGUUUCCUCUGUUAACUUUUUGUUCUCGCGUGACCAUUUCCAAGGUUCUUAUUUUGAUCGGUUUCUCUUCCUUUCUGAAUUGGUUUCAUUACUUUUCCACGUUCUAGGGUGUGAUGCCAUGCAGUAGAGUUCCAUUAUGAUAUCAUGCAGUAGAAUUUCACAAAGAAUUCGUUUUAUGGUUGCAAGAAACUGCAAAUCUGUAAAGUACUUUUCGGAUUUCAUUGAAUUUUUUAUCUGUGUAUUUCUGUUAUUAUGGUUCGCAUGCAAUACCUAAGUUCAUAUAGGUCACUGUACAAACCGUUUUAAGGACGGCUCUGGUACGAGGGCUACUUGAUAGCUUUUGGCAA